AUGUCCAAAAAGAUUCAAGGUCCCUUACCAAGAAAUACACAGAAAAAUCCAAAGGAGCACCUUAAAGCCAUCGCUUUACUGUCAGGUAAGAACCUUGAUGAAUCUUACAAGGACACCCAAGAAAAGAAUCAAUCAUCACAACAGGUAGACAAAGGUAAGAAUGCCGAAACACCCUCUGAACAAUCAGAAGAAAAAGAAAAGAAAAUGGAAGAGGAAAAUAUUCUCCCUGUGAAAAUUCCUUUUCCCCAAAAAAUGAAGAGAGAAAAGCUUGAUAGUCAAUUUGCCAAGUUUUUGGAUAUUUUAAAACAAAUUCACAUUAAUAUUCCUUUUACUGAUGCUUUAUUACAAAUGCCUUCAUAUGCCAAGUUUCUCAAAGAAAUUUUGUCAAGCAAAAGAAAACUGGAAGAAGCUUCUGUGGUAGUACUUACUGAAAAAUGUAGUGCUAUACUUCAAAACAAACUACCACAAAAGCUCGGGGAUCCAGGUAGUUUUACAAUUCCAUGCACUUUGGGAGGAUUAUAUUUUGAAAAAUCACUUUGUGACUCUCGGGCUACAAUAAAUCUAAUGCCGUUUUCUAGUUUUAGAAAAUUGGAUCUUGGUGAAAUAAAAAACACAAGUGCUUCUCUUCAGUUUGCAGAUCAAAGUACUAAAAAACCUACGGGAAUAAUUGAAAAUAUUCUUGUAAGAGUUAAUAAGUUCAUUCUCCCUGUGGAUUUUAUAGUACUUGAAAUGUAG